CAGCCAACAAAUGUGGUAUCAUCAUCAACUUACAUUCAGACAUAACCCACAGUAAAACAAUCAAUCAUUCCCUCACUCAUAAAAAUUCAACUCUCCCGUCGGAUUAACAUCAAACCCAGAAAAAUAAUUCCAAAUCGGAAGCCAUGAAUUCGGAUGACUUGGCCCUCUUGGAAUUCAUUGAAGCCCAGCUUCUGAAUGAUUCCGAUUUUCCCCACAUGCUUUGGCCCGCCCUCGAUUCACCUGAUCAUUACAACCAAAAUUUCCAUCUUUUUGAAAAUGAAGCACAAAAUGAGGCAAUGCCUAGCAAUAGUAGCAAUUACUCAUCGGAGAUCACAUCUGAAUCUCUCGACGCCGCCGACGGCCAACAGCAGGAGGAGGAGGAGGUACAGCAUGAGUUGUCUUCUUCUGCGGCGGCGGCGAGUGGGAAGCACGCGCCUGCGACGGAGUGGACGAGGUACAAAGGUGUCCGGAGGAGGCCAUGGGGGAAGUUUGCGGCGGAGAUAAGGGACCCGAAGAAGAAAGGAUCCAGAAUGUGGCUGGGGACUUACGGGACACCCGAGGACGCCGCGUUGGCUUACGACCGGGCCGCUUUCCAAAUGCGGGGAGCAAAAGCCAGGCUUAACUUCCCGCAUCUGAUCGGGUCUUCUGAUUUUGUGCAGCCAGUCAGAGUGAACCCCAGAAAGCGUGGUUUCCACCAACCUGAAUUUUCGAGUGAAUUUGACUCUGGAAAAAGGACAAAAUUCGAGAUCUCUUUUGGGGAGUCGGUCAUAUUGCAGAUUGAUUAGGAUCAACUCUGUGAUUAAAUUUUGAUCACUCUUGAUCCGAGACAUGUAUUAAGUUCUUUUAUUCUUUUGAUUAAUUUAUAUCUUCAUAUAAUGAAGUAAUUCGAGAGGAUAAAAAGGACCCCAAAAAAUUUUGGCAGCAAAAAGGAACAAUUAUUUGAACCAGUAAAACUGAUACUUCGAUGAUAUGUAAACCAUGACAUCAACCAAUACGGGGUAAAAUCAAAUCCAAAUAUGGGUCCGUCAAACUGGAUAAAUUAUCAAAUCGGUCAAAAUUCACCCAAAAAUUAACGGGAAAAGUUUGCUCUGAUAUGAUCUUGAAAGUCUUUAUAAAUUCAUAUUGUUCUAUUAACCCAUUGUUACUGGGGUACGUGAGAAUCUGGAAGAUUGAUUUCACUUUCACUUGCUUGAGAAACCGUAUGUCGAAGCAAAACAGAUUAUGGUGGAUGAUAUUAAUGUCUUUUGAAAUGAGGCAGCUAUAGCAAAGUGUUGGCCCGGUAUUUCCCUCAAUUGGGUCAACAAGGAAACAAAUAAAACCAAGCCAAAUUUU